AGAAGAACCGACCAUCCGCGCAAGUUAGCGUUAUGCCGAUUAAUUUUUAGCAUCUUCAAACAAAGCCUCGCUUAGAAAGGAACGGUUUCUUAUGGGGAAGCGAGAGAAAGAGCGAAGAUUGGGCGGCUAGCUUCUGUUUCAUUUCACAAUACAUUAGUGGGUCACGAAGAGGAAGCAAGACUGAACUGUGUUAUGAUAUUGUGCCAUUAAUGGUAAUUGCAUUCCUCUGUAAAAAUGACGUGUACCAGUUCUAUGCAAUUGUCUCCCCGUUUAAAAUAUUACGGAAAUCUUGGAUGCUGUAAUGUUCAUGCUGGUGUAACAGGAAAGGAACGAUUACAUAUGGUUCAUAUCAAUCUUUCAUCACGUGUUAUGCAACAGGAUGCUUGGAGUCUUUAUCUUCUAAGCAGGGUGUGUGGACCAAUAAAUCCUGUAUCUUCCAGGGGUGAUGUUUUUCUGUGCCGAUCUGUUUUGGUACCAGGUGGAGGAAAUGAGAUUCCUGUUCUGAAAUCUGCUGCUGUGAUUUUGACAAAGUCAUAUGAUACAUUACGCGGAAACCCUGUCGUACUUCAGCUCAUCCAAGCAGCUGGAAUUAUUGCUUUUGCAGCAUGGGGUAUUGUGCCACUCAUGCGUCUGGGCAGGGUUAUAUUCCUCAAUAGGACUGAUAGUAGUUGGAAGAAAAGUAGUACAAACUAUGUUCUGACCUCAUAUCUUCAACCAUUGCUGCUAUGGACUGGAGCAACACUUGUCUGCAGGGCGUUAGAUCCAGUCGUUUUACCUUCAGAAGCAAGCCAGGCUGUAAAGCAACGGGUUUUGAAUUUUGUACGAUCAUUAUCAACAGUGCUGGCAUUUGCCUAUUGUUUAUCAAGCUUUAUCCAGCAGGCACAAAAAUUCUUUAUGGAGAAAAAUGGUUCUGAUUCCAGUGAAGCAAGAAAUAUGGGCUUCAAUUUUGCUGGGAAAGCUGUUUAUUCUGCGGUAUGGGUUGCUGCUGUAUCCUUGUUCAUGGAGUUGCUUGGUUUCUCUACUCAGAAGUGGCUUACUGCUGGAGGUCUUGGUACGGUAUUGCUCACACUUGCUGGUCGUGAGAUUUUUACAAACUUCCUUUCGAGUGUAAUGAUCCACACAACACGGCCAUUUGUUGUCAAUGAAUGGAUCCAAACAAAGAUUGAAGGCUAUGAAGUUUCUGGCACUGUUGAGCAUGUGGGUUGGUGGUCACCCACAAUUAUAAGAGGAGAUGAUCGUGAAGCUGUUCACAUUCCAAAUCACAAGUUCACUGUUAGUGUGGUGAGGAAUCUUAGUCAGAAGAGUCAUUGGCGCAUCAAGACCCACCUUGCUAUCAGUCACUUGGAUGUCCAAAAAGUUAAUAAUAUUGUAGCUGACAUGCGCAAAGUUUUGGCCAAAAAUCCUCAAGUAGAGCAGCAAAAGUUGCACAGAAGAGUUUUCUUGGAAAAUGUAAACCCAGAAAAUCAGGCUCUGAUGGUUCUGGUAUCUUGCUUUGUGAAAACUUCACGCUUUGAAGAGUACCUCUGUGUUAAGGAAUCAAUACUCCUGGAUCUUCUCAGAGUUGUCAGCCAUCAUCGAGCUCGACUGGCCACUCCCAUCCGGACAUUUCAGAAAAUUUACAGUGAGGCUGACUUGGAGAAUGCACCUUUUGCUGACACGAUUUUCUCGCAUUCUAGAGCAGCUACUGAUCGCCCAUUUCUUCUCAUUGAACCUGCUUAUAAGAUCAAUGGUGAAGAGAAAGCUAAAGCUUCAAGUUGUCCAGUGCAAAAUGAGGCAAAAGAUGCGAAGGUUGAAGCAGCCUCAACAUCUGGCUCCAAGGUAGAUUCGAAGGCCGGAUCAGAGUCAAUUCUUGAGUCCAGUGGAGAUACGGUAGCAUCAACAGGUGCCUCCAAUGCCAGUACAAAGUUCCAAUCUAGGAAUGUGAGGCAGGAUAAUUCAAUUAAAAACAAAAAUGAGGAAGAUCCAAAUGAAACAAUUAGAGAUGCAGGGAAGAAGACAGGGGAUGUAAUUUCCGAAGACAUUAAUCAGGGAGCAUCUGAGAAAUCUCCACAUACUACCAGUGAAAAAGCCGAAAUUCUUUCAGCACCAGCGAAGCAAGAUGUUGAGAGGUCUGUUGGACCACAACCUGCAGUAGCGAGGCCACCCUUGGAAGAGAACAUUGUUCUUGGGGUUGCUCUUGAGGGCUCAAAAAGGACUCUUCCAAUUGAGGAUGAAACGGAAGCAGCUUCCCUGUCUGCAGAAUCAAAAGAAAUGACUGCCAGCCGCAAUGGGAGUGGGUCUCCUGCUGUUGGCAAAGAUAAGAAAGAUGGUCAGAUGUCGGCAGUUCCACUUCCUGGUGCCAAUCAAAUUGAUUAGUAGGAUAUAAAACAUGGAGAGAUUCUGUUUUCGAUUGAUGUGCAGAAAUAUGCAUGCUGCUGUGUUUUUAAAGCUGGUAUGCUAGAGGGUGUACAUGUCAUCAAUCGACUGACUGACACUAAAUAAUUGUGGAAACAAAAAUUUGGGCAGAUAGGGCUUAUUACUUGGGAUAUUGAUUUGAUAUUUCAAUUGUCACAACGUUACAAAUUGUCAAGAAAUGAUGGAAAAAAGUUGAUCCUUAGAAAGACAUCGUUAAUACAGUAUUAUGUAUACAUAAUUAGAUAAAUAAAUGAUAUGUCAUUGUACAAGUU